GUUUCACGAGUUUGUCGGCGACAGGUGGUGACACUGCCGCAAGUGCCAGGAGUCAUCUUUGCAAACAGUGAGAUCCCACACGACAAGUUGGUAGGUCAAGUUCGGAAUUGGGCAUCUGCAUCUCCUGUACUCUCAACGAACAACCACUUUGACUUGUUGCAGGUUGCAGAAGUUGUCGAUGGCCGUGCCCUUCCUCGGGUGCUUUGUGGCAUUCUGCGGACGAGGGUGCAGCUGGCGGAAGACACGAACACGAUUCCUGCCAUUGCAACCCUUUUUUACCGCACGAGAGAGUACCUCAACCAGGAGUUCUGGGAGGACCAAGUUCGUAGAAUAUGCGACAUCGUGGCGGAAGAGUAUCUCUCGGGCGUGCAAGGUGUCCAGUUGAUGGUCCACCACAGUCCUCCAUGGGUGAUGGGCUUGGAGGUCGGCGAACACAGACUGCUUGCCGAAGUGGAGGCCUUAUCUUUCUGUGGCCCUCAGUUGCAGAGGCUCAAGUUGCCAGUGGAUUCCAGUGAUGGGGAAGUUGGACGAGUCCAGGAAGACGAGGAGCAGGCAAUAAGAGAGCGUCACUCCUUGUUUCACCAGUUCGUCUUUGACCAACUAGACGCCCCAGAGCCAGUGCCUGCGCUGGAGAGGGGCGAUUAUGUUCUCCGAGCAGCCGGCCGGCCAGUUUGUGGUUUGUCGGUCUUGGGUAUUCAGCCAUGGAGGCUAGUUUGUGGUGGGGCUUGGGCCGAUGAAGGGCGGGAGCCCGAACUAGCCCACCUUGCCCACCAACUGCAGCGUCGGGCGCGAAAGUAUGCCUGCACCAUUGCGUACGAUUCGAAAGAUGAGCGAUCCUCCAGGCUGUUUGCUGGGAGCCACGCCAAAGCCUUUGGCCUUCUACGCAGGCAGCGGCCCCUCAGAAUUGCGGUCACCGGUGUCCCAGUGGGGCUGUCACCAGAGCAGCAGGCGCGCCUGGCGCGGGCGCCCUUCCUCAUCCCGUGGGAAUUCUUGCCCUUCCAUGCUGGGCGAGUCGUUCUCGUGUGA